AUGCCUGCCAGCCGAACCCAUCAGAAUGGCGCCGCCCAGUUCAAUCAGAAGCUGAAGAACCUCUUUCGCAUCAACCUCAACAGCGGCGCCGACCGAGACAGGGAGAAGUCCUCCACCGCCCACGUCCACUCUUCCCAAGAUGCUGCCCCCACGCGCCCCGAAGUACGGAGCAAAUUCGGAAGCAGCUUCUUCAAGGGCACCGUUGGCCGAUUGAGAACAAACACCACCGCCAGCGAAGGAAACCCUCUCGACGAGGCUCUGAGCCCAACCGCCCACGCGAACCCCUACUUUGCGCACCAAGGCCAGCCGGGCCUCCGCCAUCACAACAACGAAUCCGUACCACCCAGUCCCCCAGAUACCCCGAAUUUCAAGAUCCAGGGCCCCGACGGCGGCCCAGAGCAGACCACAAGCGCCGGCAGGGAGGAAUUGGCCCGGAAACUUAGGAGAGUUGCCAGCGCACCCAACGCCCAGGGUCUCUUUUCAAAGGGCAAGGGCAGCGCCGAGCGUCCGGCGACCGCCGAGCUGGCCAAAGAUCCCCUCCUCAUAAACAAGGACUCGGGCACCCUCGAGAUGGUUGACUCGGCGAGUAUUAACGGUUCCGCCUCCGCCUCGAACCUGGGCGUCCCGGAUAAGGACACUCUUGGCAACUUGCCACCACCCAAUCGCAACAGCCUCGCCUUCAGGCGGACGUACAGCUCCAACUCCAUCAAGGUCCGCGACGUCGAGGUCGGCCCUCAAAGCUUUGACAAGAUCAAGUUGAUCGGCAAGGGCGAUGUCGGCAAGGUCUACUUGGUCCGUGAGAAGAAGAGCAGUCGGCUCUACGCAAUGAAAGUGUUGAGCAAGAAGGAAAUGAUCAAGCGAAACAAAAUCAAGCGUGCUCUCGCUGAGCAGGAGAUUCUGGCCACGAGUAACCACCCCUUCAUUGUGACGCUCUACCACUCGUUCCAAUCCGAGGACUACCUGUACCUCUGCAUGGAAUACUGCAGUGGUGGAGAGUUCUUCCGAGCACUCCAGACCCGCCCUGGCAAAUGCAUCCCCGAGGAUGACGCUCGCUUUUAUGCCGCUGAAGUCACCGCGGCCUUGGAGUAUCUGCAUUUGAUGGGCUUCAUCUAUCGCGACUUGAAGCCAGAGAAUAUCUUGCUCCACCAGUCGGGCCACAUCAUGCUUUCGGACUUUGAUUUGUCUAAGCAGUCUGACCUCGGCGGUAAGCCCACCAUGGUCGUCGGCAAGAACGGUGCCAGCAAUAUGUCAAUGCAUGUCGAUACCCGAUCGUGCAUCGCAAAUUUCCGCACCAACUCAUUUGUCGGAACGGAGGAGUACAUCGCACCGGAGGUCAUUAAGGGUAGCGGCCACACAAGUGCGGUGGACUGGUGGACACUGGGCAUCUUGAUCUACGAGAUGCUUUACGGCACCACUCCCUUCAAGGGCAAGAACCGCAAUGCAACCUUUGCGAAUAUCUUGAGAGAAGAUAUCCCCUUCCCGGAUCACGCCGGGGCUCCGCAACUGACUAAUCUCUGCAAAUCUUUAAUCCGCAAACUCCUGAUCAAGGAUGAGAACAGGAGGUUAGGUGCCAAGGCUGGUGCUUCGGAUAUCAAGGCGCAUCCGUUCUUCAGGACGACUCAGUGGGCGUUGAUCCGCCACAUGAAGCCGCCAAUUGUACCCGUUGCAGGCCGCGGUGUUGACACAGUCAACUUCCGCAACGUGAAGGAGAGCGAGAGUGUGGAUCUCAGCGGAUCCAGGCCGAUGAACGCGAAGGGAGUGCCAUUGGACAGCGGCCUGGCGACUCCUGGUGGUGAGGUUGCUGAUCCUUUCGAGGAGUUCAACAGCGUAACCCUCCACCACGAAGGAGACGACCAUUCGAGGUGA